AUUGACCACCAACAAAAAUCGAUGAUUGUUUUCCCGUUUUCCACGCAAUAGAAAUUAAAGACCUGUGUAAAUUUGCUGUGCUGCUGGAAACCUGCUCACAGUCUCGGUGAAAUCAUUCCAUUGUGAAGGCGGCGUGUGAGAAAUCGUAUUGGCAAAGCUAUCAGCAUCACGAAAGUAUCUCGGGUGAAUUGAGAACAACCGCGAACCACAACAGUAUAAUGGAAAUAUGAAAAGACGAUGUCUUGCCUCAUUGUUAGUCUUUUGCUUUGGACGUAAACAUUCCACUCGAUAAGCAAAUCAGCCGCUUCCGGAUUCGCCAUGGAAGCGUUCAUGCAGGAAUUUUCCAUUCCCAAGCACCAAAUCCGGGAAACGGAGUGCCCGAAUCGGUUCGUGCUGCUGGUGCACAAAUCUUGGCUGCGCGCCCUCAGCCAGGGCAAGGUACCGAAAGAGUUCCCCACCUAUGGCCUAGCCGAUGCUCUCGAAUGGCCAACGGAAAACGAAACGGGACCGUGGAGCAGAAUUUAUGCAGCCGUACAAAAAAAGCAAAAGUGUAAUGUAAUACCACUGCCGAGAAAUAAAAAUUUGCACGGAAUGACUGGUUUAAGCGGAAAUGAUCUGUUCCUAUCGCCACUGGGCACCACUGGCGACGGUGAAGACCCACUGCACUAUUCACAGCUGCUUCAGUACGUGUCUACCACGAACCAUAAAAAUGUAUGGAAAGCAGCUUACCGAAAGUACGCCGCAUCCCGGCCCAGUAACAUUCCUGGUGAAACAAACGCCGCUAACUCUGUCAGCAGUGUAUUCAGCGAACAGCAACGCGACUUGCAUCCCAAUAUCUACCACAGUACAAAUGGUAAAAAGGUACCAACGGGCGGAGAUAUCGCCGGACCUGGAAGUCACAUAUCAUCAUCGGGAGCAUCGGCGGACCGACCGACGGGAGCACCAACGGGCAGCCAAUCACCGGUACUGUCACACGAUGUUGUUUUUCGAGAGGUAUUAGCCCGUGCUUUCGGUUGUCCAGUGUUGCAAAACGUUACAGUAAAAGAAGACCACGUGGGGCCACAAAUAUCCUCCAUUCCGCCUGCUGGAGAUGCUCAGCUGAGCAAUGCAAAUCUGUUUCCCGUGCUUUCAACGAUCGAAACGAGUAACGCAUUUUACAUACUGUACGAUCUCUAUCUGGCAAAUAACUUGUUGGACUGUGUCACCUACAGUCCCGCCAUCGUGGAACGAUCCUACAACAAACCACUGUUCAUCGUGUACCAGUUGCUGCAGUUGAUGAAAAGCUUGCACGAAUGUGGUCUAAAUUUGGGCGACGUUAGCUUGAAAGACAUCUACACGACCGAGAACCUCUGGAUACGGGUGAUACCGAAUCUCGAGGCAAACCUGAUCGAGUACGACGAAGACCUGGUGCGGCAGAUCGGAGAUCUAAGUAUUGCUGCCCCUGGCCCUACGGCGGGACUGAUGCACGUAAACAUGCCAAAGCAGCUCACAAUGAGCACCACUCUCAAAGAGUACUGCGAGAUGUGGUGCCAUGGACAGCUGUCCAACUUUGAUUACCUUACCAUCCUCAACAACUUAACCGGCCGGCGUGUCGGUUGUGCCGAGUUCCAUCACAUCAUGCCAUGGGUGACCGAUUUUUUCUCCCGCUCCGGGCAAGCGUGGCGCGAUUUGAAGAAAUCAAAGUUUCGACUAAAUAAAGGUGAUGCACAGCUUGAUCUCACGUUUCAAGCCGCCGCUCAACUGGCCGGUUCGGGAGCGCACGAACAGACGGGCACGUCACCGGCGGCCAUUCCUCACCACGUGUCGGAUGUACUGUCCGAGAUAACGUAUUACGUUUACAUGGCGCGAAGGACACCCAAAGCGGUUUUGUGUAAGCAUGUCCGCCCGAUCUGGGUACCGGCAGAAUAUCCGGCCACGAUUCAGCGACUGUUUGAAUGGACACCCGAUGAAUGCAUUCCGGAGUUUUUCACCGACCCAUCCGUGUUUAAGAGCAUCCACGAGGAUCUGCACGACCUGGAAAUACCGAGCUGGUCCAGCUGCCCGGAAGACUUUGUGCUGAAACAUCGUGAGCUGCUGGAAAGUCAGUAUGUGUCCGAACGGCUUCACCACUGGAUAGAUCUUACCUUUGGCUACAAGCUAACGGGGACUGCUGCCGUACGGUCAAAAAAUGUGUGUCUCUCACUGGUCGAUAAGCAUCAAAAUCUCUGCCACCGUGGCGUAGUGCAAUUGUUUUCCUGCCCUCAUCCGUUGCGCCAGUUUCCCACCGCGUGGAACGGAAAAACUCCUCCCCGGUUGCAGCACAUACAGAACGAAACAAAUCGCCGUCUAACACGCAGUACCGAGGAUCUUACGAGGAAUACGCAAACGAGCGAGAAUGAAGCUGUCGCAGCCUCUGUGCAAAGAGAUCGUUCACCUGCUGCAGCCCCGAGACCAACUUCCUACAGACAUUCGACGCAAAACCUCCAGCAACAGUACCACGCGCUGAAAUCGUCCGAGUCGAGCUACCACAUAAAUCAUUUACAGCCCAAAUCAUCUGGAACGAUUGUUUUACCAAAGAGCUUCAACCCGAUUGCUCAGUUGACGGCAGUCGAGAGUUUGGGCACGUUUCGGCGUAAGGUGUUCCACUCGGGCGGUAGUGGUGACACAACGAAACAACCCGACGAGUAUGAUCUCUGGUGUUCGCGGAUGGACGCUCGGCCGGUAUCUUCGUCUGGUGGGAACGCAUUUGUGAAUCGAUUAUUCAGCGAAACCUACGAACAAACGCUUCGGAAAGAUCGACCAACGAACAUGCCGGGGCAGCCAACGGUUUCGCUACAGCAGCAAGCGAGUGCUGCUCGGCAGAAUCUCAAACAAUUGCUACUGCAGCAACGUACGAAAGAUCUCAAGGUUCUCGGUUGUCUUGUGGUGGAACUUUUUCUCGCGUCAAAGUUGCUUCCACUGGGCAGUUGUUUGCGGCAGGAAUUCGACGAAAGGUUCGAUGCGUGUACACGCCUCGUCACCGAUGAGCCACGUGCCCUUCCACCGUGUCUACUUCCGAUCGUACGAAAACUGCUAGGGUUAGACGAGGAUCCAGAAUCGUCUGGAAUCACCGAUCGGGGUCUGCCACCGCCCACACCCCAUCAGUACUUGCAACCGCUGCUAGCAAAUCUGCUCAUACCCUUUCCGGCUCACUAUCAUCGUCUCUAUCAGACGGUACGUGCAUUGCGUGCGUUUGACGAGUGUAUGCAUUUGCUGGAGUUACAGACAUUUUUCGAAUGUGAUGGUAAGAGUUGCCAACGUUACGCUGCUCUGGAUCGUACGCGUAUAGAAUACCGACGGUUGAUUGCCGAGUGUAAAGUGAACGCUUGUGUUGCACUUAUCGAUCCACUGCUGCAACCCAGCGGACACAAGGAGCAGUACUCUGCGGUCGAACUGCUUCUUCCUCACAUUGUAGAGUUGAUCAUACACGAUGAUACCUCAAUACCGGCUGCCUGGAACUUGUUCGAUACAAUUGCAACCACGCUUGGUGUUCGCCGAACGCAAACCGCACUGCUGCAGCCUAUCCUUGCACUGUACGAUUCCGAUGAGAUGGAUACAUCCGUCGGGUCAUCGCGCACGCUAGCCACUACUGGUAGUAAAGAUGUAUUAGCCUUUGGGGGGAAUGGAGCAAUGACGAUGACUGCUGGAGAAGGAGAAGGCUCGUCGUACCUGAAGUUCAACCCGCGCAACACGUCGUUCAAGUCGAAAAAAUCGGUCAAGCUAUACCACCACAGCUUUCUGCUAAAGCUAAUUGUGCGUUUUGGGCUGCGCUGCUUUUUGGAGCACUUUGUUGUACCCCUCAUUGAAGCAGUUGGUGGUUAUCGGGACGGCGAUUUUAACCAAUCGUACCACGUACACGAACCGGCCUGGCCUUUCGGCGGAGAGUUCCGCAAGUCACGAUCGUACCGAAGCUUCAAGCUGCACAGUAACAACAAUGUGGAGGAAGCAUCUACCGAUGCAGAUCCGGCAUCCAUCUCAAACACACUCGUAUCACCAAACUGCUCCGAUCGAACCAUCUCUCCAACAACCAGCAGCCGUCCUGGGUACAAUCCGCUCGACGAAGAGGAAUUGGUAGCAGCAGACACGCCAGUUAACUCGGCAAAGCUGCGGGACAACGAGCAGAUGUUUGCAUUUGAUGAAGAUCCGCAAGCAAAGCGACGCUCCACCAUGACACUGGAGGAUGACGAUGCGGUGGAAAAUGCAAUGCGCCGUAUCAUCGACGACGAAGAGCUCGAUCUGAAGCUGAACCACUCGCAGGCGGAGGAAGCGUUCGAGGACGCAUUGACCAUGGGUCAGACAAGCGAACUGAAAUCUCCCACUAUUCCCAUACCACCGACGUCUACUUUUAGGCGCAGCAUUGAGUUCCAUUCGAUCGGGUGUGAGAUUGGUAGCAAAAAGAGCCUCGAUUCGGGAGAGUUCCUAUCCAAGACGCCGGACGUCACGAAAGAAGAAACAGCUUCAGACGCGGGCGUUCUAUCAACGAGUGAAAGCCGCCGAGAAUCGCUGGCCGGGUCAAGCAUGCUGAAUCGUUCGAAAUCUACAGAUUCCAAUAAGACGCGCUCAAAUCGAAUUUCUGAAAUGAGUUCCGAAAGCAUCAUCUGGCUUUCGCAUCGGCUCGGUCCGGUAUUGACCGCACGCUACCUUACCCGCAACUUGCUCAAAAUGCUCACCCUUUGCUACAUCGGAGCCGAGAACCUGUUCCCGAGUGCGGAUGAUUCGCGUCAGUUGUACCGAUCAUCUCCGACAGCCGCCCCUGCUGGGGUUGCCCCGACCGGAUUGAAUCAUUUCUCCAUCACGGAUGGAAGUGUGGUCGGGGAUGAGGCAGCCCUACGCGUAAUCGAUUGUCUCACUUCUAUAUCGGCCCUGUUUGGUGAACAUUUUAUCCUGCUACAGUACUUGCCGCACGUUAGCGAAGUGAUUGCCCUUUGCCGGAAACGCAUUACACCUACGCUUGAAGGUGGACUGAUCAGUGCGUUGCAGCUGCUAAAAUGUCUAAUACCGUACCUCAACGACUCGACUGUAAUGGAGCAGCUACCUGAGGUGUUUCUGCGUCAAAUUCUGCAUCCCGCAAUACGGCUGCUAGAAUCAUCCAAGUAUACCAUGCCGAGUGGGUUUCUAGCACGGUCCGUGCUCGCGCGCAAACUGAUGGACGCGCUGUACGUCAUCUCCGUACGCAUCGGGCGUGAAAUGACACGCGAACACAUCUGCGUACCCGGGCUUCAGCGCUUUUUCCUCAUCUUCGACAAGGCAUAUGCUCGGCAGCAGGAACAUUUCGCUUCCGCGGUUGCGGACAUAGCCCACGGAGAUCCUCCGUUCGAUAGUUUUACGCCCCCCAGCUCUCUCGGCAGCAUCGCCGACCACCAGGUACUGGGUCAGGGUCAGUCCCUUGCCAAAGCGAUGGAAGAAAUAAGGGAUGUGUUUACGCCAAACUUGGCGUACUUUACCUUCGUGCCCUUACUCAACUACCUCGGCCAGCAGGAGAUGAGUCGAUGCGUAACCAAUCUGCCACUCAUACUGAAUCUCUGCCACGAACACGAGCAGAUGGAUUACGGCCGUUCAGGCUCUGCUCAAGAUGCCAGUUCGAUGCCACCGAGCACAACACCAAAGGACGAAGAGCAGAUGGAUUCACUGAACUGCUCCAACAGCUUCGGUUCGAACAUUGUCGGCAAUCGUAUCGAAUCCUCGGCCACUACCGGUUCGAGUAAGAUUGGACAUAAAGAUCUGCUCGGAAUGGUUACGUACCGGCUCGAUAAUGUUAAUAGCUCGCGCAAUCUACGUGGCAACUGGCUAGCGUACUGGGAGCACGAGAUCGGACGGUCGGAAAAGGACAUUCGAUUAAACUUGAAACAGAUCAAGCUGCAAACGUACACCGGCCAUUCGAGCUCGAUCAAGGCGGUACUAGCACUAGACAAUGAGAACAGCUUCAUCUCGGCCUCGAAGGACAAAACAGUAAAGCUAUGGUCGCUGCGGAGUGAGGGUGACGGGACGAAGAUGUCCUCUUGCCAGUUUACAUAUGCGAAUCAUCGCAAAUCGGUCCACUCGUUGGCCUUCCUAGAAGCGCUCCGCUUAACAAUAUCGUGCGAUACCGGUGUCCAUCUGUGGGAUCCGUUCGUGGGUGCUCAGAUCGGUUUGCUUGAUGUUUCGAAACAUUCGCCGGUGUAUGUGGUCAAGACGUUCCCUUCGCCCAACAGUUUGGUAUUGGCCGGAACUGGCGAGAGUUCGGUUAAGCUGAUCGAUGCUCGCACAUUUAGCUACUGUCACGAAUGGAAGGUGGCGUUGACACCGGUCGGACAAGUGCGCUCAAUCGCAGUCGCACCCGGCGCCAACUGGGUUGCGGUGGGUCUUACCUCAGGCCACAUCGGAGUGCUAGACGCACGUACUGGUGGCAUUAUUUCUUCCUGGCGCACGAACGAUAACGAUCUGUUGCAGCUGUUGGCUCCGAACGAUACUCAGCUCGUCAGCUCCAGCCUCGAUCAGAUGAUCGGUGUGUGGAGCCCCAACACAGGCCAUCUGCAGUUCCAUAUGAGAAAUCGUCCCGAACCGGCCCACUGUAUGGUGAACAACGGACCAGAAUUGAUCGUAGGCACGCCGACCAACCGCAUCGGCGUGUAUAGUGCGAUCGCGCCGGAUUCACCGUACUCGUACACCAAACUGCGCUCCGAAACAUUCCGCGGGGUGUUGACCAGCUUUGCCCUCUUGCCACUCAAUCGAAUGAUGCUCGUCGGUGGCGACAACGGUACCAUUACCCUACUGUGUUAAGACGAUCUGACCAGGAAUAGCUACCUAUCAAUAGUGAUAUUAUUACAACUAGCUAUUCUUUACACUUCCUUUUUCUUUAUGUGGCGUGAAUGUUCGACCAAACGAGCAGCAAAGGUGUGUUUGUGUGCGUGUGUGUAUUAUUCUGUGUGUAUAUUUGUUUAGUGUUUUGUUAUGACGUUAUAACCCACAACAAAUAAAAUUCUCGACCAAUUAAUCUUGUCAUAUUCUGAAAGAACUAGUUAAAAUGCCCCGGUUACAGGGCUGCGCAGCGUUUAUUGCGGGGCGUAUAAGAAUUGCACUUCAAUCAACCAUUUUAUUUUUGGUUCCUUUUUAAAAUAUUUUGUGUGUGCUUACAUUAUAUAUAACAUACAUUGCAGUAUAUCGAUUAAUGUAUUCUUAAUUUUCUUUUUUUAUAUUUUAUAUUUUUUAUUUUAAUUGUGGAUAGUGUACCUUUCGAAAUAAAUAAUGUAUGUAUCAAAAUUCAAACUGUUCGCGAUAAAUUUACUUUACCUAGUAUGCCAUAUGUAUUACAUGUAUGCCGUAUGGACAGAGUACUAGCGACAAGGGCCCCCGGAAUGAUGGACUUGCAUCAAAUUGGUGUGCCCAUAUCGGGAUAGUUAGUCCUACGUUUAAGAGGCCCGAUCCAUACGGGGCUUGAACUCAUGAUCGUAAUGUUGUUAGGGUUUACCACGAAAACGGCUCAAUUGCUAAAUACCGACCGAAAUUAUUGUCUUGAAUUGACUGCUAUAUUUCAUAACCAGAUGGAUUAAAAUAAUUGAAUAUAAUUAGCUAGAACAAAUUAUUGAACAAAAUAGCACAUUGAACAUACUGCGCAGACUUUUUCAUGUUUUGUAUGACUUCGGCUGUUUAGGACCACGCGUGUAGGCGCUGACUGUAGAAACGAUUUGACAAGAAGGGUAACCAUACAAGUUUUCGGCAGUGUUCCUAAACUAUUUUCGGCAUUGUAACUAAAAACGUGAAAUUCUGCACAAAUGCCGUAAACAAUGUUACAAAACACAAUUUUGUAGUGAAAGCAUACUCAUUUGUUAUUUAUAUACGAAGUUUCACACCAUUUCUUUGCGUAUUUUCCAAAAUAUCAACUAAAUUGUGUAGAGCUCAGUAUUUUUCGGCAAUAACCAAUAGUUCGGCAGGUUUUGUAAUUAAGAAAACCAGAACAAUAAAACAAAGAAUGUGUGAUGUAUAUUAAAAAUGUGUAAACAUCUUGAGUUUAUAGUAAUCUUGGGUUUGUGAGCAUCUUGGGUUUGUGAGCAUCUUGGGUUUUGACAAAUACGAUGUCCGAAGAAGUGACAGUGUGCGAGCUGUCAAAGCAGAAAAAAAAAGAGAUAAGCCUUGGGGAAAAGACCUUCUACAAUAAACUC